ACCUCACUCAUUUCAUUUUAAUCUCACACCUUUUUUGACUGAAAAUUAUAAUAGCUGGAACGAACCGUUCUGCAGGCAUGAACAGCGAGGCUUCUGAUACAAUGACCCACUCAAGGUCGUCUUGUGGACCAAUCAGCCUCGUCGAGGCAUCUAUUGACGGAAGUUACAUCUUGAUUGAGAACAACACCUCUGGAACUAAGAGAAAAAAUCAGGAUCUGUCCGGAUGGACGCUCAAAAGAAGCAUUCCCGGCAAGGCUGACGCCGUCUACACCUUCGGCAACACCGUUCUCAAUCCCGGCCAAAAGCUGAGGAUCUAUGCUGCUGGCAACCCCCCAGGCCCCAGCGACAAAGUCCCUUGCGACUACUUCAUCAACAAAGAAUGCUUCUCCUGGGGAGGCGGCUCCGGCACCACCAUUCUCCUUGACGACGACAGCAACAACGUUAGUAUGAUGGCGUGAUAUGUUAUGGUUGUAAUGGGGAUAAAUCGAUGGAUGUCUGCGACCGGGAAAGUCUUUAGGACCUUGGCGUUUCGGUAUCGGCAGGUGAAACAUGUACAGACAGUUACGUCCCAUUGGUGUGCCAGGAUCUGCUCGUGGUUUUCAAUUGAUGAUUGUGAACCUUGGGUUGUAAGCACAUUAUCAUACCGGAAUAGUAACCUCCUAUGACGGCUCUUGUCGAAACCAUGAAAAUGCGGGUGUUUAGAGUCAUUUAAAUUGGUAUUGGUUAUGAACCAAAUUUGGUUAUUGAUAUCAUCAUGUUUGAAUUAAUCAUACUAUUGUAUAAAUACAUUAGUAUUUUCAACCUG